UGAUUAAUGGCAUCAUACACAAUUUUUCUUAAACCUCACUCUUUCAAAAUUCUUCUUCAUACUUUCCCAAAUUUGUAGGAAAUGUGGUCAUCCUACCUUUAUAUCUUAAGACCCUACAUUCCCAUUUUUCACAACUCUUUUAUCUUUUGUCACUCUCAAGUUAUAAGUUAUAACCAUGCCUUUUAAUUUUUAACAAUAAAGUUUGAAAUUAAAAUCUUCAUUCAAAUCUUUUAUAAAUUUAUAAAUAAAACCCUUCAUUAUUAUCAUAUUUUCCUUUUUAUUAUACACUUACAAACCACCCCCAACUGCCCCUUUUCAUCAUAUAUAGAAUUUCUACAUUUCCAUAACAACUUAUUAUUAAUUAUUGUACACUUAUUAUUUUAGUAUAACACACUAUUACACACUUCAAAUUGUUGCUUCCUCCUUUACAAUAUUCCUAACUUGGAAAAUCUUGAAGGUCUAGCUCGUUUCGUGUACAACGGUUGCAUUAGAUAUCUUCGGAAAAGUUUUUUUUAGUCAUGGAUUGGUAUUCAUGGUUAUCAAAAACAGGGUUAGAGUCAUCAAUAGUAUAUGAAUAUGGGCUAGCAUUUGCACAAAAUGAGCUAGAAAAAGAGGAUAUAUCAUAUUUCAACCAUGAAUUUCUUCAAAGUAUGGGAAUUACAAUAGCCAAACAUAGGCUAGAAAUUCUUAAGUUAGCGAGAAGAGAGAAAAAUCAAGCACAAAGUUUAAGCUUAAGCUUGAAGCAUCCAAUGGCAAAACUCUUUGUUGCUUUGAAAAAGACCAAAAAGUCCUUGGCUAAUUACAUAGCAACUUUGGUACAUAGGGAAAAUGAUGGAAGAGCACUAAUUGUUUUGUCAAACAAGAAGAAGAUCAACAAGAAGAGUAAAAUCGGCGGCGGCGGCGGCGGAGGUGGUGGUGGGAUAAGCUAUAGUUCAAGAUGGAAGAAGGCAAUGAUGAUGAGGAGUAGUAGUAGGAAAUUAGUGAUGGUUAAUAGUAAUUAUCAAGAUAGAUUAAUGCUCACUAAUGGUGAUUAUUUGGGUGAUUAUGAUAAUAAUAAUCAUGAUUAUGUUGAUGGUGAAGGUGAUCAUGAUUCAGUGGUUGUGUCAUCACCUAAGCUUGAUAGUUACUCAAGUCCUUUGAUGUAUGAUCUUCAUCAAAAUAAUAAGGAAGAUAAUAAUAAAGUUUGUGAUGAUCAAGAAGAUGAUGAAUAUUGGACUCCUGCUCUUGAAGAAAUCAGGUGGGAUGCGAUGUUUCAAGAUUUAAAACCCACUUAAUUUUUCAGAAUUUUGUGGGUUCUUUUUAAAUUUUAAUUUUUUUUUUUUUUUUUUUAAUUUGUGUGUGGAAUGUUGAAAGAUUUUUUUUUUUUUUUUUUCUUUUCAUUUUGACUGUUUAUUUCCAUAAUUUGAGGUUGAAAAGUAGAUAGAAUUUGACUUCAAUAAUUUUUGGGUUUUGGUGAAAAAGAAAUAAUCAACUUUAUGGAAAAAAAAAAAAAAAAAAAGUUGAGGGUGGAAUUUAGUAAGAAGAUAGAAUUGUAGGUGCUUUAGAUGUCAAAGUAAUAUUUUAUAUUAUGUAUGUAAUCUUAGACAUAAUUAUUAUGAGUGUAGAAAAUAUGUUUAUCUUUGUGACUGAUAUGAGUUUGGAUUUUGAGUUAGACCAUAUCAGAUUCUGUAGCUCAGCUGUGUGAGAAUGUAUUAGAUAAUAAUAUAAUAAAAAGUUCAUGAUUUUGAUUUUCCUGUAA